AUGCCUGGAGAAGUUAUCGAUCGGCCGGAUCCAGAGCCAUUGCCAUCGCAUUUACCACAAUAUGUCGCGAAAUUGCAAAUCUCACUUCCUCGUCAGACUCUAGACGAGAAAGUCCGUGAUGCCUUACUCAAAUUCCGUAGAGCGGCGUCCUACAUCGCUGCCGCGAUGAUCUUCCUUCAGGAUAACACUUUGAUGAAGAGAGAAUUGAUAUUCAAAGAUAUUAAGCCUAGGUUGUUGGGCCACUGGGGCACAUGUCCAGGUCUUAUCCUAGUUUAUUCCCAUCUCAAUUAUCUCAUUCGAACGAGGAACCUUGAUAUGCUUUAUGUGGUUGGUCCAGGACAUGGCGCGCCUGCUCUCCUCGCAACGCUAUGGCUAGAGGGCUCGCUAGAGAAAUUCUAUCCAGAAUACAGCGUCGAUGGGAAUGGUCUUCAUCGUUUAAUUUCAACUUUCAGCACCACUAACGGAUUCCCGAGCCAUAUCAACGCCGAGACGCCCGGUGCGAUUCAUGAAGGUGGAGAGCUGGGGUACGCCCUCUCCGUAUCAUUCGGUGCAGCGAUGGACAACCCCAACCUCAUUGUGACUUGCAUCGUUGGAGACGGAGAGGCAGAAACGGGACCAACUGCUACCUCCUGGCACGGAAUCAAGUACAUUGACCCCAAAGAGUCCGGGGCCGUCCUUCCAAUCCUUCAUCUUAACGGCUUCAAGAUUAGUGAGCGCACCAUUUUCGGUUGCAUGGAUCACAAGGAGCUCGCGGCCUUGUUUAGUGGAUACGGUUAUCAGGUUCGCUUCGUGGAAGAUCUCAACAAUAUUGAUACAGAUCUCCACUACUCCAUGACAUGGGCUGUGGAAGAGAUCCACAAAAUCCAGAAGGCAGCUCGUUCUGGGAACCCAAUUCUCAAGCCCAGAUGGCCAAUGCUGAUUCUGCGGACUCCCAAGGGCUGGUCGGGGCCGAAGCAACUCGAUGGCGAAUUCAUUGAGGGAUCCUUCCACUCACAUCAAGUACCGCUACCUAAGGCCAAGUCUGAUGAGCGGCAACUAGAGACACUCCAAAAUUGGCUGGCGGACUACAAACCUAAGGAACUCUUCACACUGAACGGAGAUAUCAUCGACGAAAUCAAGUCUGUGAUUCCCGAGAACAAUGAGAAGAAGCUGGGCCAGCGCAUUGAAGCAUAUGGCAAAUACACACCACCAAUUCUGCCAGAUUGGAAGAAUUUUUGUGCAGAUAAAGGAGGCCAAGAAAGUGCCAUGAAGGCGAUUGGUCGGCUCAUCAACGAUGUCAUCAAUGAGAACCCCAACAGCGUGCGGCUGUUCAGCCCUGACGAACUGGAAAGCAAUAAGCUGGAUGCGGUGUUUGAGGCCACCAACCGGAACUUCCAAUGGGAUCAAUUUGCCAAUUCUCGCGGAGGUCGUGUCAUUGAGGUGCUGAGUGAACAUUUAUGCCAGGGCUUCAUGCAGGGGUACACUUUGACUGGUCGCGUGGGGAUUUUACCGUCGUAUGAGAGCUUUCUUGGCAUCAUCCAUACCAUGAUGGUACAGUAUUCCAAAUUCAUCAAAAUUGCUCGUGAGACCAAGUGGCACUGUUCUGUCAGCAGUCUCAACUACAUUGAAACCAGCACGUGGGCACGUCAGGAACAUAAUGGGUUCUCCCACCAGAACCCGUCGUUCAUCGGAUCCGUAUUGAAGCUCAAGCCUUACGCAGCCCGAGUGUAUCUCCCGCCAGAUGCAAACACGUUCCUAACUACCAUGCAUCACUGCCUGAAGUCGAGGAACUACAUCAACCUCAUGGUGGGUUCAAAGCAGCCGACUCCAGUGUACCUGAGUCCAGAAGAAGCAGAAAACCACUGCCGUGCCGGCGCAUCAGUCUGGGGAUUCUGCAGCACUAACGAUGGACUGGAUCCGGACGUGGUCCUGGUGGGUAUCGGCGUCGAGGUAAUGUUCGAGGUGAUCCAAGCGGCUGCGAUCCUGCGCCAGCGCGCGCCAUCACUACGAGUAAGGGUGGUGAAUGUAACCGAUCUGCUCAUCCUCGAGAACGCGGGUCAACAUCCGCAUGCCUUGGGCACUGAAGAAUUCGAUGAUUUGUUCACUGCCGACAGACCCAUCCACUUCAACUACCAUGGUUACCCGGUGGAACUGCAAGGCUUACUAUUCGGUCGCCCGCGUCUUGACCGUGUCUCCAUUGCUGGCUACAUGGAGGAAGGAAGUACUACGACACCCUUUGAUAUGAUGCUCGUCAAUCGUACAUCUCGCUACCAUGUCGCGCAGGCGGCAGUUCGCGGUGCUGCAAAGCGUAAUGAAAGGAUUCAGAUUCAUCAGCAGGAGCUCAACUCUGAGCUGGGCCACAAUAUUGUCGAGACGAGGAAGUACAUCAUCGCCAACCGUGAAGAUCCCGCUGGGUUUUAUGACACGCCGAAAUUCACGUAG